AUGCUGCCACUUCUUUCUCCCACUGCCAAACCAGCUGCCUUCGCCGCCGUCAUAAUUCCCAGGAGAAAGUUCAGGCUCGCAUCUCUCACUCCCUGCGCGGCGGCUGCAGAAGCCUCCGCCACCAUGUACGACCUUCUGUCGGUGGCGGAGACGGCUGCGCCUGAGGAGAUCAAGGCGGCGUUCAGGUUGCAGGCGCGGCGGUGGCACCCGGACGCCUGCCGCCAGGCGGGGGAGGAGAGCCUCUUCUCGGAGCGCUUCAGGCAAGCGCGCGAGGCCUACGAGGUGCUCUCGGACCCCAACCUCCGCCGGGAGUACGACCGCCUGCUGCUCUUCUCUGACGGCUGGACCACCGCUGGCGGCUCCGGAGCGGUCAUCCUACGGCGCGACCGGGAACACCACUCCGGGUUCGGUGACUGGGAGGACCAGCUGGAUGGGCUGUCGCAGCGCCGGGAACCGUGGUGGGCAGUCAACUCGGCGAGGAGGAGGAGGAGGAGGAGUGCCGCCGGCGGCGAGGGCGACAGCUGGGGAAGCCGGGCCAGGAGGGCCCACGCCGUGGAUGCUUCGGAAUGA